UUUUCAAUUCAUAUUUAACUUAAGUCCCAUGUUCCACUUGAACAUGUUAUAUAUAAUAAGUCCCAUGUUACAAAGAAUCAUAAGCCAACUAUUCCAUUAUCACCGCCUAGUUGUCUCUUCAUCUUCCUUAGAUUCACUGCAAUUUCCUUUGUCUUCAUCUCACUACAAGUCUAAAAAACUAGACAGGAAUCUUUGGCAUCAAGACAGCACAGAUAUAGAUCUGCAGUGCUGUUCAUUUGACUAAUACAGUCAUCAAACACACACAUUAAAAUAAUUAAUAAAGUGGUAACAAAUUAAAGUAUCCACUAUAAGCAUGCAGAUUCUUCAAUGGCUCUUUAGAAAGGCACAAAAGCAAGAAAGAAAGAGCAACACCUUCAAUUUCAUACACCAAAGGGAAGAUAUCAAUGAGCAAGAAGGUAAAUGGAAUGGAAUAUUUGUAGAAAACCAUGAUGGAUCAUAUAAAAGAACAAAGAGAUAUGAAUGGAGCAAGCAAGGUUACAAGAAUUUGAAGAUAUUCUCUUUUCUAUAUAGAAAAGACAUUCCAAAGGCUUGCUUUUUCAGCAGCAUCAAUUUAAAGAGAGUAGGCAUUAACAAAAAGCAUUUUGUUUACUCUAUGAAAAUGAAAAAAGAAGAAUCAUCGCGAGACAAAGCGAUCGUUGGCAAGACAGACUCGACGACUCAUGGAGGAAACAAGAUUUUGCCUGUAACUAAUGAGACACCAUUGUCAUCUUCAGCUGAAAGAAAUGACCAAUGUGAUAAUACUUUAAGUAAAGAUCAAAUGAAGGGUGACAAAAAGAAGCCUAUUUCAAGAAUGAAAGAGUUGCUUAGAUGGGCUGCCUCUGUAAAAACAGAGAAAGGGGGAAAAUUCACUGGAAAAAAGAUUUUAAUGUUCCGAAGGCGUGGAAACCUGAAAUCAAUUCCAAAUGAUGAUGAAAUUUGCAUUGAUUCACCAAAGAUAAGUUUGACAUGGGAUAUGGAAAGCUGCUCCACCACUUCCUCUGCUUACUCAGCUUUUUCAAUAGCUUCCUCAACAAAAAAUGGACAUAACCAAAUUUCAACUUCCACCAUAUCAAUCCCUUCUUCAGAUAUUGGUCACACCACUAGUAGAAAAAAAGGAAACUGGAUCACAACUGACUCUGAAUUUGUGGUGCUGGAACUAUGAAAUAAUGUGUCUACAGCAAAUGUAUCUCAUGUGUGGUGAUGGGGUAGCAAGCAAUCUAUGUCACAAAUUAAUGCUCUAAUAUAUGAGUAUAGUUCAUGGCUAAUUUCUAUGAGAUAUUUUGUAAAGAUUUUAUGCAACUUAACUAAAGAUAGGAACUAAGAGAAAGAGAUGUGAUAUCUGUAGUUAAUGUUAUGAAUGUAUUAGAUGGUGAUCAAACUGAUCUUAUUCCAUGUGUAUGAGAUGAAAAUGUUUGGCAUCUACAUUAUUAGGUGUAUAAAUUCAUUAAGUAUUUAUCGAUUGACCUAGUUAAUGUAGGAGAUGAGUUUACAAGUGGGUAGGACCCCUUCCUUUAAUCUCUACUAUGAAAUGAAUGUCAUUGAUUUACUCAUUCAA